GAAGCCAGCACCAUAUACCAACGUGAUCAUGCCCAGUCUCUUCAGCAUCAUCUGCUUCCUGGGCAUUGUGGGGAACCUCAUUGUCAUCUACACUAUAGUUAAGAAGAAGAAGCUGAGAUGCAAACAGACCGUGCCCGACAUUUUCAUCUUCAACCUCUCCAUUGUGGACCUCCUCUUCCUCUUGGGCAUGCCCUUCCUCAUCCACCAGCUCCUAGGCAAUGGCUCAUGGUACUUUGGAGCUCCCCUGUGCACCAUCAUCACCGCCCUGGACACGAACAGUCAGAUCACCAGCACCAACAUCCUCACAGUGAUGACACUGGAUCGUUACCUGGCAACUGUUUACCCCCUAAAAUCCACCUACAUCCGGACCCCGUGUGUGGCAGCUCUAGUUAUCUGCUUGGUGUGGCUCCUCUCCUUCCUGACCAUCAUUCCCGUGUGGAUGUACGCAGGUCUUAUGCCUCUGGAGGAUGGGACCGUCCGCUGUGCCCUCUUGCUUCCCAACCCAGAGACUGAUAUCUACUGGUUCACCCUCUAUCAGUUCAUGCUGGCAUUUGCUGUGCCCUUGAUCAUCAUCUGUGUGGUGUAUUUUAAGAUCCUCCAGCACAUGGCCACCACCGUGGUCCCACUGCCCCAAAGGAGUCUCCGGGUACGCACAAAGAGGGUGACCCGCAUGGCAGUUGCCAUCUGUUCCGCCUUUUUUAUUUGCUGGGCUCCCUUCUACAUCCUCCAGCUGGUUCACCUUGGCAUUGACACACCAUCCAUGGCCUUCUUUUAUGCCUACAACUUUGCCAUUAGCUUGGGCUACGCCAACAGUUGCCUCAACCCCUUCCUCUACAUCGCCCUCAGUGAGACCUUCAAGCGCCAGUUCUUGGUGGCCAUCCGCCCUGCAAAAGAGCCCUGUCGCAACAGCAGCUCUGCCAACAACAACAGCAUGACAGAGGCCAGCGUGUGUCUGAAACUGGCACCAGAAUCCACCCAGCAGACUCAGUUUCUGGAGGAGUUUUCCCCGCGGUCAGUGCCGGUGACGGUGGCUGUUCACUAGGGCACUCUGAAGGGCCCACAGCAGAAAGACUUCAGGCCUGUAGGUGGAUGGAGAAGCAGCAGCUUCAGGCAGCUUUUGGAGAAGCAUAUGGACUACAAAUUUCCACCUCCAAGAGCCCUUUUUCACUGCAAGGUUCUGCUCCUACGUUGCCCCCAGCCUAUAAGAUGCUGCAUACUGCUGCUUCUUUCACUGUGCAUGGGAGAACUCUGUCACCACUGGGCCCCCAAAGAGGAUGAAUGGAAAAGAGAUAAAGGACAAAGUAUUUCCAAGGGGAAUAUUCACGCUGGAAGAGUAAAACCCGUAUCAAUACUGCCCAGUGAUGCCUCUUGGCCCAACUGGGGUUCCUAAGCAGCUUGUCAAUAGAGCUUCUUCAUUCAGAACUUGAGCCUUUGAAUCACAAUGUCAUAUAUUUAUAAGAAAUUCUGCAAAAUUUGAUGGCUGUGCUGAUAUCCCAGAAGCACACAGCAGAAAAAGAUCUU